UUUUUUUUAUUCUUUCUUUUUAGCUGUCAUCAGUGAAAUGGGAAAACGAAAAAAAUUGAAAUCUCGCAAUAGCACAACAUUGCCAGCAUCGAUUUUGAAUAGCAGUAUAGGAAGUGGUGGUAGUGGUGGCUAUACAAAAGAUCAUUUGGAUGCUUGGCUGGAGACAUGCUUGAAAGAUGCCUCCGCUACCCAGCUGUCUUCAUCAUCGGAAUUUCUAGAUUAUAAUCCGACGGUAAAGACCAGCACAUCUAAUUCUGCAAAUAAUUUAAAUCAGAAGAAUCUCCUCUCGCAGCAGCAGCAACAAUCGCCAGUUUUCAAUAUGGCAAAUAUGGGCCAGCAGCAGCAACAACAACAAGCAAUGAAUUCACCACAACAGCAACAACAACAAUUCGCCAUGCGAACAUCAUCAAAUCCCCUUAGCAAUAAUCUGACAAAUAGUAGUAGUUAUAAUUUUCCAUUCAGUCAAGGGUUUCAGAGGCCCAUGCCGAACUUUAUGAAACCGUCCUCAAUGAAUGCCUUCAAUAAUCGCUAUUCGAUGAUAUAUCCAUCCAUGACGACCGGUGGUUAUUAUCCACAAAAUGAUGGUUCGCAGGACUUUGCCAGUCUACCACCAAUGGUAAAUAUCAUGGGCGGCGGAAGUGGCGGUAAUUCAUCCGAACAUGAAAAUAAUUCUACAGAUGUUUUAGAUGGCAGUGCCAGUAAUCCGAAUAUAAGUCGGGGUUUCAGAUUUAGUGACCCCUGUCUAUUGAAUCCUUCGGAUAACGAUUCGAAAAUGAGUGGUCAAAAUACGCCAGAUCGUCGUAAUAAUCUACCCAAUGAUAUGGAUCAAAAUAAUAAAUUCUUUAAUGUGUUGAUGGAACAAAUCCAAUUGCUGCACGAGACAAAUAGUAAAAUAUGCCGUGAUCUACAUGAGGCCAAAGGUAAGUGU